GGGCCGCUGCGGGUGGGGGGAGAGCAGGCGGCGUCCCGGGGAAGUCCUCAGCCGCCGCCGCCGCCGCCGCCGCCGGGACUCGGAAGUGCCGAGAGAGGGGUGUUGGGAAUCCGUGGCGCGCGACAACGUCGCUGCUGCCCGGGACAGCCCGGAGAAUCGUUCCACGUGGGCAUCGGGAACCUCCAUGACAAGGAGUGAUGCUGCCCCGAUGGGAGCUGUCUCUUUACCUGCUUGCUUCACUAGGCUUCCACUUCUAUUCUUUCUAUGAAGUUUACAAAGUCUCCAAAGAACAUGAAGAGGAACUGGACCGAGAAUUUGAGCUGGAGACUGACGCUUUAUUUGGAGGAUUAAAGAAGGACCCAACUGACUUUGAGUGGAGCUUCUGGAUGGAAUGGGGGAAGCAGUGGCUGGCGUGGCUUCUCCUUGGCCACGUGGCAGUGUCUCAGAUGGCCACCCAGCUUGCAAGGAAGAAAAGGUGGUACAAGACGGAAAACGAGUACUACUUGCUGCAGUUCACGCUGACUGUCCGCUGCCUGUACUACACCAGCUUCAGCCUCGAGUUCUGCUGGCGACGGCUGCCGGCCGAGCGCGCCUCCUACUCCUUUCCCUGGAUGUUGGCCUAUGUCUUUUACUACCCGGUUUUCCACAACGGGCCCAUCCUCAGCUUCCCGGAGUUCGUCACACAGAUGCAGCAGCAAGAGCUUGGCUCCCUGAAGGCCAGCCUGCGGGUCCUCGUCGUGGGACUGGGCCGCCUCCUCCUCUGGUGGUGGCUGGCGGAGCUGAUGGCUCACCUCAUGUACAUGCAUGCCAUCUACAGCAGCAUUCCCCUCCUCGGGGCUGUCUCUUCUUGGACCUUAGGAGGACUGGCGUUGGCGCAGGUGCUGUUUUUCUAUGUCAAGUACCUGGUGCUCUUUGGCGUCCCAGCCCUGCUCAUGCGCCUGGACGGACUCAAGCCGCCGCCCCUCCCUCGCUGCGUGAGCACCAUGUUCAGUUUCACUGGGAUGUGGAGGUAUUUUGACGUUGGACUGCAUAAUUUCUUAAUCAGGUAUGUGUACAUUCCAGUGGGCGGGUCCCAGCACGGCCUGCUGGGGACACUGUUUUCCACUGCGAUGACAUUUGCGUUUGUGAGCUACUGGCAUGGAGGAUACGACUACCUCUGGUGCUGGGCAGCGCUCAACUGGCUGGGAGUGACCGUGGAGAAUGGAGUCCGGAGGCUUGUGGAAACCCCCUGCAUCCAGGACAGUUUGGCCCGGUACCUGUCCCCGCGAGUCCGCCGACGAGUCCACGCUGCCCUUGCAUCUUGUUCCACCUCGAUCCUGAUCCUGUCCAACCUGGUGUUCCUUGGGGGCAAUCAAGUGGGGAAAACCUACUGGAAUAGGAUCUUCAUACAGGGCUGGCCGUGGGUGACCCUCUCUGUCCUGGGAUUCCUGUACUGCUACUCCCACGUGGGCAUUGCCUGGGCCCAGACUUACGCCAUGGACUAAUGCUGUCGGGCUCAGGACAGCCCUCACUGCUGGCCUCCAAGGCAAAUGGUGCUUCACCUUGAGGUGAAGGUGAGGUGAAGCACCUUCUACUCCGAGAUAAUCUCCGGGAGAUCAAGAUCCGCUCAUCUUCUGUUGAAGUUACCUCACUCCGGGGCUGCAAGCUUGAGCUCUCAUAGAAAAUUUACAAGCAGAUGAUCUUCUAACUUUGGAGCCUGACAGAUCUUCUACCCCAACCCAUCAUUUUCCUGUUGAGCAAGCUGGGGUCCAAGGCGGUAGACUGCCUUGCCCAGCUAAACAUGGUGGCAUUUUGGUCUAGAACCUAGGCCCAUGGGAACUUUGAGUUCUUUCUCAUUUACCAGGA